AUGGCCAUACCCGUCAGAAGUAUCCUUGAUAGCAAUAUGUUCUCCAAAAUUGAACAAUCUCAAAUCAAAUUAAAGAAAGAAGAAUUAGGAAAGAAGAUGCUUCGCCAUUGUGCAGGUUUACCACUAGCGAUUGUUGUGCUUGCAGGACUGCUAUCUAAGAAAGACACAGUCAAUGAGUGGGAAACUGUAAGUGAGAAUGUCAAUGAGUAUAUAAGAAGAGGAAAAGAUCUUGAUCGAGAAUACAAAGGUCAAAACGAUAGAGGUGCAUUAUGGGUAUUGGCAUUGAGUUAUGAAAACCUUUCAUAUCGCUUGAAGUUAUGUUUUCUAUAUUUAUGCCACUUUCCUGAAGACUAUGAGAUACCAGUGAAACGAAUAACUCAUUUCUGGAUGGCAGAAGGUUUUAUAUCUUCGACAUCAUCAGAAAUGUUGGAAGACAUAUCAUAUAGCUGCUUAAGUGAGUUGGUGGAAAGGUGCAUGGUUCAGGUUGGAAAGAUUGGUUUAACUAGGAAGAUUAAAACAUGUCGUCUCCAUUAUCUCAUGCGAGACUUGUGCAUGGUAAAGGCUGAAGAGGAGAACUUUUUCCAGGUUAUCAAUUUUUCAAAAGGGAACAGAACCAACGCAACACAAGUCAGUAGAGUUCGAAGACUAGCAAUCUAUGUGGACGACGAAGUUGAUAAAUUAGUUCCCACCAGAAGAGAUGCUCACCUUAGGUCACUCUUAUACAUCGGCCCAGAAUACAUUCGAAUCUGGAAUAAAAAAGUUGUCCGGUCUGUAUUUAAUGACUUCAAGUGGCUUAGAGUUUUGAAGCUUGAAGACAUGAGAGGGGUCGAAAAGUUACCUAGUACAAUUGGAAAUCUGGUUCACUUGCGGUUUUUAAGUUUAAAGAAUAGUGGAGUACAACACUUGCCAUCAUCUGUAGCUAACUUGGUGGGUUUGCAAACUCUAGAUUUACGUUGUGAUAAUUGUGGAAUCAUGAAAAUCCCAAAUGUGUUUCAGAAGGGAACAGUUGAGGCUUUUAUAUCUACCCUGGCUGAACUAGUACUCGUCGAGGCUGGUGAUCGAGGAAGAGUGGAAGACGCAGAUGUUCAAGUUAUUCCGGGCACUUGGGACUUGAGGAACUAUGCUCUAUAUGCAAGAGAUGGCCCCAGUCUUCAUGUUGCAAGGCAAAGAGUUAAAGGUGGUGGUUGGUUCCUAGAUACCAUGUCAAAUGUAACAAAAAGGGACCCUGCAGCUCAGUUCCUCAUUGUAAUCAGAAGCAAGGAUACAUUUGGAUUGCGAUCUUUUUCCGCUGGUGGAAAGUUAUUGCAGAUAAAUAGAAGAAUGGGAUUUGUAUUCGCAAGUCACAGUUUUGAUGUUUGGGAGAGUUGGAUGUUGGAAGGUUCUCUGGAUGAGUGUAGGCUGGUUAACUGUAGAAAUCCACUGGCUGUAUUGGAUGUAAGCAUUGAGAUUCUGGCCACUGUAGGAGAAGAUGAUGGGGUAACACGCUGGCUUGACUAG